GAUGCAUUUUUGGACUUGUCGGACUCAGAGGGCGUUAAGGUUGCCAUUGUCAAAGUCGGCCUAAUAUUAACGCCUCCCAUAGAUUUGCUGAAGAAGGUCGAUAUAGCGGUCGCGAGCAUGGGCGGUAGCAGGUUCGCUGCCAGUUCUGGACAUGUCGACUUUGGUGCCUCUACGGCGCAGGCGGGAUAUAGUGAUCCACAAGCGAUCGGCCGUUGCAUUUCCCCUCUCGGUCAAGCGCUUCAAGCUGCUGCUAACAUGGCGCUUACUGUUUCGGAGGCUCAUCCGAUCUUGAAAGUUGCAUGCAACGUCCUCUUGUCUGCCUAUGAGACCAUGAGAGCUCAGCAAGUCCAGGACGACGCCGUUCGAGGCUUAGCAGAGUCGUUGCGCGAAAUGGUCGGCGUUGUCAGUCAAACGCUUCACUCACUAGUGGUCAUUAGCACCGAAAAUGUCAUCGAUGCCAUUAGACAAGCAUUCUUACAAGUCGCCUCAGUCAUCGACGAAUAUGCAAGGUUGCCAUUCAUCGGUAAAUCACAUAGGGAGUUAAUGGUUAUAAUCCUCACACGUCCAUAA